GGCGAAAGAGGCGGACUUCAGGAGAUCUGUGAAGAUCUGUCACCAGUGUGGUCAGUACCGUUCAUCGCUUUCAACAGAUAGUAGACAGACAGGCAGAAGCUGGCGCGACGAUGGGUGGGAUGACGGAGAUGGCGCGGCUGCGGACGGAGGAGAGCAGCAGCGGGGACAAACUGACCGGCGGCGGGGGGAGGAAGAUGCACUACUACGUCAAUGAGAACCCCCCAUGGUAUGACUGAUCGACAUGACGGACAACAAACAACCGACAACCAUGGAUCUUUACCUCUCUGACCGUGUGUGUGUGCGUGUGCAGGUACUACGCCAUCGUGCUGGGCUUCCAGCAUUAUCUGACCAUGUUUGGCGCGACCAUCGCCAUCCCAUUCAUGUGAGUGGGCUGACCCGACACACACACACAGCACAGCACGUGUGUGAUUGAUUCAAGUGGGUGUGAGCGAGAGGCCAGUGAGGCCUCCCGGCAGAUGAUGGCAUUUGUGCGUGCAUGAGCAGUGUACACACACACACAUACUGUGAUUAGAACCAUGUAGCCAUUAGCAGGAAUGGCACCUGAUGCACUCAUUUAAUAACGGUUGCUGCGGGUGUGUCGUCCUGUAUCUUGUCCUCUCUGUCAUGUUUCUUUCUUUCUCUCUCUCUCUGUGUGUGUGUGUGUAUACUGUGCAGAUUGUCCGAUGCCCUCGGCGUGACAGAGCUGAAAGACGUGAGCUGCCUGGCCAGAUAACAGAAAGCUCCACUCGUCCAUCCAUCAGCGGCAUAUCUGUCCGUCUGGCUGUCUGUCUGUCUGUCUGUCUGUCUGCGUGUGUUGCAGAAAGCCCGUUUGAUCCAGACCAUCUUCUUCUGCAGCGGACUCUGCACUCUCCUACAGGGCCUCUUCGGCCUACGGCUGCCUGUGGUCCAGGGCGGCACAUUCAGCUUCCUCGCACCGGCCAUGGCCAUCGCAAACGUACGCAAAGCAGACCCUCUUCGCUCUUCGCCCCACACCAUGCUGUUACCCUGUGUAUGUAUGCAGCUGCCGGUGUUUGCUGAUGCGGGGUGGCGGCCCAAGCUCCUCGAGAUCCAGGGGGCCAUCAUGGUGGCGGCCCUGUUUGAGGUCAUCAUGGGUGCGACGGGUCUGGUGGGGAUCCUUCUGCGGUUCGUUGGGCCAUUGACAAUCGCUCCCACCAUCACCAUGAUCGGCGUGUCGCUUUCUGAGGCGGCGGUGUUGCAGUCGAGUGGGAAUCCUGGGAUCGCCUUUAUGGGUAGGUGACAUGGGGAGGGCAGGGGGGGGGAGGGGCAUGAGUACAGGGGCUGAUGGAUUGUCUAUCUGGGUGUGUGCCUGUGUCUGUGUGUGUGGUGUAUAGUUGUGGUGCUGCUGAUCGUCUUCUCGCAGUCUGCAUGGCUGGGAAAGAUCAAGUGAGUGAGUGAGUGAGUGAGUGAGUGGGGCCGCUGGCGGGAAGGAAUGAAUCCUCCCUCCUCGCCUGUAAUCAAUCGCACACAAUCGGUUGUGUGUGCUUUGUGUGUGUGUGUGCUUUGUAUGUGUGUAGGCUCCGCGUGGGCAAUGCCGAGCUGCCUGUGGUCCACCUGUUCCCGGUGCUGCUGGGGAUCCUGAUCAGCUGGGGAGUAUGCGCGAUACUCACAGCCACGGGUGAGUGAGGGAUAGAGGCCUUCGAUUGGUUGAUUGAUGGCUGUGUGGAUGUGACGUACAUGUGUGUGUGUGUGUGUGUGUUGGGGUGCGUGUGUCUGUUCUUCUGUACCUGUACGUUGGGCUAGAUACAUUACGUGAGGGCGACGCCGCGCGCACCGACGGCAACCUGGCUGUGCUCAAGACUGUGCCCUGGUUUUACUUCCCCUAUCCAGUGAACACACCAGAAUACACGAGACAUGCACGUGCACAUGCAUCUCUGUCUGUCUGGGUUUGUGGGUGGGUGGGUGAGUGGGUGGGAUGUGUGUGUAGGGUCAGUGGGGGACGCCCACUGUGAGCGUGGCUGGUGUCUUUGGGAUGCUGGCUGGCGUUCUCGCCGGGAUGAUCGAGUCCAUCGGCGAUUACUACGCCAUCGCGCGCCUCGCGGACGCACCGCCGCCACCCAAGUACACACACGCACGUGCCCAUUACGUUGAUGUGGAUGUGCGCGUGGGUGUCAUGACGUCGAUGGAUAAACAGGACUGCCGUGAACCGUGGGAUACUGUUUGAGGGCAUCGGCUGCAUCAUUGCCGGUGCAUGGGGGUCGGGCAACGGUGAGGACACCACACACACCAAGCGGCACACACAGCACAGCACGUACCCACACACACUGUCUGUCGGUUUGGCUGGCCGCUGGUUGUGUGCAGGUACGACAACGUAUUCUGAGAACAACGGUGCUGUCGGCCUAACGCGUGUCGCGAGCAGGACUGUCGUCUUGAGCGGGGCGUGCAUCAUGCUCCUCUUCGGCAUCAUCGGCAAAUUCGGCGGCAUCUUCGCAACCAUUCCUGGACCGAUCGUACGCCCCCCCACACACACAGACACACAGACACAUUAAGACAACCACACCCACAGUGCCCUGAUAUGUGGGUGUCGUGUCGGUGUUGUGGAUGAUCGGUUGGUUCACUCACUAGGUUGGCGGCGUGUACUGCGUGAUGUUUGGGAUGAUUGUGGGCGUCGGCAUCAGCAACCUCCAAUACUGCGACCUCAAGUCAGCGAGGUGCGUUCAGUUCACACACACGGCCACCCCCCCUCCCCUCCCCCAUGCACACAUAGAAUAUCUCUCUCUCUCUCUCUCUCUUUGUUUCUUUCUCUGUUUCUCUCUGUGCAGGAACCUGUUUGUGGUGGGAUUCUCCAUUCUGAUGGCCUUGGUGAUCCCCGACUACGUCGAUAAAAACCCGAAGAAGUUCGACACCGGUGUGGCGGAGCUGACACAGAUCAUCACGGUGCUUCUCUCCACCAACAUGGCCGUCGCCGGCAUCAUCGCUUGCCUCCUCGACAACAUCCUCCCAGGUGAGUCAGUCAGUCAGUCUGUCUGUCUGUCACGGAUUGAGGGCGCCACAGCUGCAUCCAUCUCUUUCUCUCUCUCUCUGUGUGUGGGUGUCUAGGCACUGACGAGGAGCGUGGCAUCACGGCGCUGCAUGGGGGUGGUGCGGGGGCGAGAGCCGCAUCUGAGGUGAGCGAGCGACAACAGGAAAAGGCCACAUUGACACCUCUCUGUGUCUCUUCACAUGAUUGCUGCAUUCAGGAGGAGGUUGCCAAGACGUACAACCCCAUCGGCAUCGAGGCCAUCUAUCGGUGAGCCACGCAGACAGACAGGCACCACACCGGGCUUGCUGGAUGGCGUAUAUGUUUGCUUCGUGUGUGCGUGCAUGCAGUGUGUUUCCGGCGUUUGUGCGUUGGUGUCCGUUCCUGCCGGUGCCGUACCACGGCAAGGGCGACGACACCGACAAGAACGGGGGCUUGUCCAUCUCGCCCACAGAGCCUGACACAAAUGACUUGUCGUCGAAGGUCUAGCCUGUCUGUCAGUGAGUCUGUCUGUGAGUCUGUCAGUGAGUCGUCUUAUUGGUUGUCGCCGGUUGCGACCGACAGCCGUUCGUUGAGAGAAGACGCCGUCAGUGUUUUCGUCUUUAUUAUUAUUCAGGCGACCCGUGUGUGUAUGUGUGUGAUCAGGUCGCCCUUUUUGGCUGAACCUGCCAAGGCAGCUAGCUUUGUGUGAGUGUGGUCUUCUCCUCUUUCUUUCUCUUUUCCCCUUUCUUUUUCCUUUUUCUUUUUCCUUUUUCUUUUUCCUUUUCCCGUGUUGGUUCCCUGCGUGAUUGCUUGCCUGAAGAAAAGAAUCGGCCCCACGAAGUGACCGACCGACCUAUUGGUCAGCCUAGCCUGGUUGGGGCGCGUGUUUGUUCGUUUGUUCGUGUAAGGAGGUGUAUGCUACAUGGACGGAGGGAGGGGGGAGCGAGGGAGGGAGGGAUUCAUUCAUACCGUUGCAAGUGCGUACUGGCUGAGAAGCUGAGAAUGGGUGUCUCUGCCUGAGCGGCGAAUGAGCAAGCAAUAGGUAGGAGUACUUUUAUCGGUCCGUGUGUCGGUGUGUCGGUCUUAUUGGGCACGGGGGCAAUGGACCGUAAGCUCCAUCCAUCUACACGUCCAUCAAGAAUUUUUACGUCCGUGCCACGCCGCGAGAGUGCCCGGCAUGGACAUCAUGAUGUGUGUAUCGUGAGUGCUCACUGCUGUGUGUCGUGGGUGGGAGGGGCGCAACCCCGCCGUUUUUUGAGGCGGGUCGGGUCAGCCUCCCAACCAGACACACGUGUGCGUGUGCAUGUGCCGUGUAAGUGGCGUGCUGUGUGGAUACGAGUUGAGAGGAGGAUAACUGCGCUGCCUCUGUGUCAGGGCCACGAGUGGAGUGCGUGGGGUCUGAGUUGUCGUGGCAUCUCGAGGAAGAUAGAUAGUGAGGCUGCAUAGCUACGUUUACAAGUCGAUCAAGUGAAUCAGUGAGUGACCGAGAGAGCGAUAUGUCAUGAUUUGUUGAUUGAUUAAUUGAGCGAGCGAUUGAUUUGGUGAUCAAUCAUAUGUUAUGUCAUGUCACAUAUGAUUGAUUGUUGAUCAACCAAUCAAUCAAUCAAACAACAAAUCACGACCGCCCGCCGAUGAUGGCUUUACGUAUACACAAUCAAUCAAUCAAGC